CUAACACCCUCCCCCCUCAAGGUGGACCUGACCUUUGUGGGCUGUGUGGGGAUGCUGGAUCCACCCCGGAAGGAGGUGAUGGGCUCCAUCCAGCUGUGCCGUGACGCCGGCAUCCGUGUCAUCAUGAUCACGGGAGACAACAAGGGCACAGCCAUUGCCAUCUGCCGCCGCAUUGGGAUCUUCACUGAGGAUGAGGAGGUGAUGGGCAGGGCCUACACAGGCCGUGAGUUUGAUGACCUGCCCCCCGCCAAGCAGCGUGAGGCCUGUAAGCGGGCCUGCUGCUUCGCCCGUGUCGAGCCCGCCCACAAGUCCAAGAUCGUGGAGUUCCUGCAGUCCUUUGAUGAGAUCACAGCCAUGACAGGCGAUGGGGUGAAUGAUGCCCCUGCACUGAAGAAGGCCGAAAUUGGCAUUGCCAUGGGCUCUGGGACGGCCGUGGCCAAGACGGCCUCUGAGAUGGUCCUGGCUGAUGACAACUUCUCCACCAUUGUGUCCGCCGUGGAGGAGGGCAGGGCCAUCUACAACAACAUGAAGCAGUUCAUCCGCUACCUCAUUUCCUCCAAUGUGGGCGAGGUCGUCUGGUGA